AUGAACUGUCGUGCCGCACAUGUCGGCGUGUAGCCGGUCGUUGCCGGUGUAAGUGGGUGUGUCUACUUCUUCAUGGCAAGCUCUCCACUGCAGUGGUCCUCUAGGUCCCCGACGCUAUGGACGCCGCCCCCCGCUCCCCAGUUGCUACUUCAGGAAUACACUAUGAGUUGCCUCAGACCGGUAAGCCCCUGUCCAGCGCUUGGCAAACUGCUCUAAGCGCCACAGCCAUGAGUGCCACCAACAAUAACAACAACAAUAACAACAAUGCCAACAAGCAGACGCCCAAGCGGCCGGUGCGGAGAGGGGUGAAACCAGCACCAGAACGUCCGCAACGGGCGCUAUUUUUCUUCACAUUAAAAAAUCCUUUGCGGACGUUGUGCAUAGAUGUCGUCGAAUGGAAACCCUUCGAAUGGUUAAUUCUAUUCACAAUUUUCGCUAAUUGCGUGGCACUCGCAGUUUUCACCCCUUACCCCAACAGUGAUUCCCACAUCACAAACGCUUAUUUGGAAAAGAUUGAAUAAUUUUUUUUUGUGAUAUUUACAGUAGAAUGCGUAAUGAAGAUAAUCGCAUAUGGAUUUAUUGCUAAUUCUGGUGCAUAUUUGCGAAACGGCUGGAACAUACUAGAUUUUACAAUAGUAGUAAUAGGUAUGUUAAGCACAUUACUACAUUUUUUGAAGGAGGGAUUCGAUGUGAAGGCGUUGAGAGCCUUAAGGGUAUUGCGACCUCUACGGCUCGUUUCUGGGGUCCCAAGUUUGCAAAUUGUGCUAAACUCUAUCCUUCGUGCCAUGGUGCCUUUGUUACAUAUUGCUCUUCUAGUUAUCUUUGUCAUUAUUAUUUACGCGAUUAUUGGUUUGGAGAUGUUCUCGGAGAUGUGUCUUACUCUGCACAAAUCAUGCUACAAUAAGACUACAGGCCAGCUGAUGGACAAGCCACAUCCCUGUGCAGAUCCUGGAUCUGCAGGCUUCCAGUGCUCUGUCUACGGCAGUGAUAUGAUCUGUCGUGAAGGCUGGGAAGGACCAAACCAUGGCAUAACAAAUUUUGAUAACUUUGGUCUCGCCAUGUUAACUGUUUUCCAAUGUAUCACUCUAGAAGGAUGGACUGAUGUUUUAUACAGUAUAGAGGAUGCACUUGGAAAUACAUGGCAAUGGAUUUAUUUCAUUUCUAUGGUCAUACUUGGUUUUUUUGUGAUGAAAAUAAUUCUUGGUGUCCUCAGUGGAGAGUUUUCCAAAGAAAGAGAAAAAGCUAAAGCGAGAGGUGAUUUUCAUAAGUUAAGAGAAAAGCAACAAAUAGAAGAGGAUCUGAGGGGGUAUCUAGACUGGAUAACACAAGCGGAAGACAUAGAACCAGAGGGAGAGGACCAAGGCAACAAUCAGAAUGGAAAAAACAAAAACGACCGUGAAACGGAAUCUGCUGAUAGGUUAGAAGGAGACGAGGGAGAAAUCCAGGAAUCGUGGUUCAGAAGAAAGAAAAAAGAUUUUGAUAGGGUCAACAGGAGGAUGCGGCGUGCUUGCAGAAAGGUAGUCAAAUCUCAGGCAUUUUACUGGCUCAUCAUCAUUUUAGUUUUUCUCAACACAGGAGUACUUGCAACUGAACAUUACGGACAACCAAAUUGGUUAGAUUAUUUUCAAGAUGCCACAAAUAUGUUCUUCAUAGCUCUCUUCACUCUUGAGAUGCUUUUAAAAAUGUACAGUUUAGGUUUUCAGGGAUAUUUUGUUUCAUUAUUCUAUAGUUUUGAUUGUUUUGUUGUUAUUGGAAGCAUAUCAGAAAUGAUUUUAACAAGAACACACUGGAUGCCACCAUUAGGUGUUUCUGUUUUGCGUUGUGUCAGAUUGCUCAGGGUUUUUAAAGUUACCAAAUACUGGCGAUCUUUAUCAAACUUGGUCGCAUCAUUGCUGAACUCAAUACAAUCUAUUGCAUCCCUGCUGCUCUUGCUCUUUCUGUUUAUUGUCAUCUUUGCUUUACUUGGAAUGCAAGUAUUUGGUGGGAAGUUCAACUUUGAGAAAGCAGUGGAAGACAAACCUCGGCAAAACUUUGAUAGCUUCUGGCAGAGUCUGCUCACAGUGUUCCUGAUACUUACAUGUGAAGACUGGAAUGCAGUGAUGUAUGAUGGGAUUCAAGUGUACCAUAGAGUGGGAGGUUUUGGGAUUCUAGCUUGCAAUUAUUUCUUCAUCCUUUUCAUCUGUGGUAACUAUAUCCUGCUAAAUGUCUUCUUGGCCAUUGCUGUAGACAACUUGGCUGAUGCAGAGUCCCUUACUGCAAUCGAAAAAGAAGCUGAUGAAGAGGCAGAAAAGCAAGCAGAAAUGGAUCAAAUGGGAGAAUGUGGAGAAAAUACUUCUCAACUAGAAGGUGAAGAGCACAUGGAUGAUGAUCAAAGAGAUUAUGACGGGAAUAUUGAUGAGGAAAAUGAAGAAAUGUCUGUCAAGGAUGAAGACACAAGAAGUCACACUAAAGUCUGUUUGGAGGUGGGAGAUAGUGAGGACUAUUACGAGGAACAAAAUGAUAAUCAAGUGGUAACACGCGAACCCGGUGAGUCAAAAAAUGGAGAGGACAACCAGAGGAAAAGGUCUGCUUUGCCAAGGCGUGUUUCGGACACCAGCCAGAAAACUGAGAAAAAACCCCUCCCUGAAGCAAGCUCCUUUUUUGUAUUUAGCCAUACAAACAGGUUCAGAGUUUUCUGCCACUGGUUUUGCAAUCACAGCCACUUUGGAAAUGUAAUCCUAGUUUGUAUUAUGGUCUCCUCAGCCCUUCUAGCAGCAGAAGAUCCAAUACAUCAAGAUUCUCAGCGCAAUCAGAUACUGAACUAUUGUGAUUAUUCCUUCACUUCAGUUUUUACCAUUGAAAUAUUUUUUAAAAUGAUCUCCUAUGGUUUCGUGAUUCACGAUGGAGCAUUUUGUCGAUCUGCAUUUAACCUGCUCGAUCUCCUAGUUGUGUGCGUCUCUUUGGUCUCUAUAUAUUGGAAGUCAGGAGCUAUCUCAGUUGUCAAGAUUCUCAGGGUUUUGAGAGUUCUUAGGCCUCUGAGAGCCAUAAAUAGAGCAAAAGGAUUGAAGGGGAAGUUCUAUAAAUGUAAUGAUGGAUCAAAGAUGUCCAAAGAAGAAUGCCGAGGCCAUUUUCUCACUUUUGCCGGUGGAGACAUGAAUAAACCAUCAAUAGAAAAAAGAGAAUGGGAACGAAACAGAUUUCACUUUGAUGAUGUGGCGGAAGCAAUGCUCAAUUUAUUCACAGUUUCUACAUUUGAAGGCUGGCCUGGGCUUUUUUAUGUUUCUAUCGAUUCAAAUGCAGAGAACAGAGGACCCAUUCACAACUUUCGACAGAUUGUAGCAGCUUACUACAUUAUCUACAUCAUUAUAAUUGCUUUCUUCAUGGUCAAUAUUUUCGUUGGUUUCGUUAUUGUUACAUUUCAAAGUGCAGGUGACCAGGAGUACAAAAACUGUGAACUUGAUAAGAAUCAGAGGAACUGUAUUGAGUUCGCCCUCAAAGCAAAGCCUGUGCGAAGAUAUAUUCCUAAACACUGGUUCCAGUACAAAGUGUGGUGGUUUGUGACAUCACAGCCAUUUGAGUACACAAUCUUCGUCUUGAUCAUGAUCAAUACAAUCACUCUUGCCAUGAAAUUCAAUGAACAACCAGAAUUCUAUACCAAAACUCUUGACAUACUCAACAUUGUCUUCAGUGUUGUUUUUGCUGCAGAGUUCAUGUUCAAAGUAGCUGCAUUUAGAUUUAGGAACUAUUUUGGUGAUCCUUGGAAUGUGUUUGAUUUCAUCAUAGUGCUGGGCAGUUUCAUUGACAUAGUAUACGACAGACUAAACCCAGGUUCCAGUCUAAUAUCAGUAAACUUCUUUCGGCUGUUUCGUGUGAUACGUCUGGUGAAGCUUCUCAGUCGAGGAGAGGGUAUCCAAACGUUGCUGUGGACAUUCAAAAAGAGUUUUCAAACUCUGCCUUAUGUAGCUCUGCUUAUCAUCAUGCGUUUCUUCAUCUAUGCUGUCAUUGGAAUGCAGGUUUUUGGGAGGAUUAGACUAGGUUCUUCAGCAGAGGAAUCGCACAUCCACAGGAACAAUCACUUCUAUACAUUCCCUCAAGCCGUUUUGGUCUUGUUCCGGUCAGCUACAGGUGAAGCUUGGCAAGAAAUUAUGCUGGACUGCUCCCACCGCCCCAACAUUGUGUUGUGCGAUGAGGAGACAGGGGAAGGGGAUAACAAGGAAGGAUGUGGAUCUGAUAUAGCCUUUCCUUACUUCAUUUCAUUUUAUGUACUCUGUUCUUUUUUGAUAAUUAAUUUGUUUGUUGCUGUUAUUAUGGACAACUUUGACUAUUUAACACGUGAUUGGCCAGUCUUGGGUCCUCAUCAUUUGGAUGAAUUUAUUCGGUUGUGGAGUGAAUAUGACCCAGAUGCCAAAGGCAGAAUCAAACAUCUAGAUGUUGUUACACUGUUGCGGAAGAUUUCACCACCUCUUGGUUUUAGAAAACUUUGCCCUCAUCGAGUGGCUUGCAAGCGGUUAGUGUCAACGAAUAUGCCUCUAAACAGCGAUUGCACAGUGCUGUUCAAUGCUACUCUCUUUGCUGUGGUACGCACAUCUCUCCAUAUAAAACAGAAGGCAACAUUGAUGAUGCGAAUGAGGAACUUCGUGCAGUGAUAAAGAAGAUUUGGAAAAGAACCAGUCCUAAGCUCCUGGAUCAAGUAGUCCCUCCUCCUGGCGUUGACGAUGAAGUUACUGUUGGAAAGUUUUAUGCCACAUUCCUUAUUCAAGAUUAUUUCAGGCGAUUUAAGAAAAGAAAAGAACAGGAACUUAAAGAUGGAGACAAGGAGUCACACAAUACAGUUACUUUACAGGCUGGUUUACGGACAUUGCACGAUGCAGGCCCAGAACUGAAACGAGCGAUUUCAGGCAACUUGGAAGAGCUCAUUGAUGACAACCCAGAACCCAUGCACAGACGAAAUCACUCUUUGUUUGGGAGUGUUUGGUCCUCAGUGAGACGUGGUAGUGGGAGCUUCCAUCGAGCUAAAUCUCUGAAAACCAAUGCCACUAAUAUCAAGGUGUCACCAACAAACUCAAUAAACUACUUGCCUUACAACUCUCUCCAGAGAGCUGUCACAGAUG